UUUUGCCCUCCCGCUCGCUCUCUCCCCGACCGCUUGCAGCUCUCACUCUCUCCCUGACCACUCGCUCUCUCUCCCCGACAGCUCUCGCUGUCUCCGACCCCGACCGCUCGCCCUCUCGUCGGCCAGUCGCUCGCCGGCCAGUCGCCACCCUCUCCCUCUCGUCGGUGUCUUCCUCACCGCAGUCUUGCACCUCACCGCCCAUAACCCUAGCAGCCCGCCUCCCUCUCGUCGGUGAAAGGUGACAUUUUUACCAGUUGGGGUGCUCGAUUCGUGGCGGCGGUGCUCGAUCCGUGGGCGGCGGUACUCGAUCCGUGCCGGAGCAGCGGGAGGAGGAGGCCAAGGUGGAGAUCGUGGUGCGGGAGGGGGAGCUCGGCGAGACGGCGGCUGGAUCUGAAGCGCGACUGCUCCACCUUCCUCAGGGUGGCGGGGAUCUCCGGCUCGGGCCCGACCGCUGGCGUCAUCCGCCGCUUCCUCAGGGUUGGCGGCGGCGGGCUGCGUUCCGGCGGGAGGGCGGCACGUUCAAGGUGCUGCAGGUGGCGGACAUGCACUACGCGGACAGGCGGAGCACCGCGUGCGAGGACGUGCUGCCCAAGCAGGUCGCCGGCUGCUCCGACCUCAACAUCACCGCCUUCCUCUACCGCGUCAUCCACGCCAAGGACCCCGACCUCGUCAUCUUCACAGUUCACUACUCGAGGCGCUGGGCUGCGGCUUCAUCGAGGCGGACGACAACCACUCCCGUGCAAACAAAGGAAAAGGAUGCACCGAAUCUUAUUUUGACAGGUGAACAGAUGGACAGUGGCUGCUCCUUGCUGAUCAAUUCAAAAUUGCUCUGGCGAUCAAUUCAAGCUUGCUGUGACUGGCGAGAAGACGUCCUGCAGCACAGGCGGCGCACGGGCAGGGAGGAGCACAGGCUGCUACUGUUGGUCAGUGCGGGAAGGAGCACGGGCAGAGGUCAAUUGGCCGGAUCCGGAGCUCCAGUGCCUGAAUCGAGGAGCUGGAAGGCUGAGGCAGGAGGAGGAGCAUAGGCUGCGAUGCUGCUGCUGUUGGUCAGUGCGGGGAGGAGCACGGACGGAGGUCAAUUGGCCGGAUCCGGAGCUCCAGUGCCUGAAUCGAGGAGCUGGAAGGCUGAGGCAGGAGGAGGAGCAUAGGCUGCGAUGCUGCUGCUGUUGGUCAGUGCGGGGAGGAGCACGGACGGAGGUCAAUUGGCCGGAUCCGGAGCUCCAGUGCCUGAAUCGAGGAGCUGGAAGGCUCAGGCAAGAGGAGGAGGAGCACGGGCGGCGCUGCUGCUGGUCGGUGCGGGGAGGAGCACGGGCGGCGCGAAGGCCAGGAGUCGCGGGCGGCUGGAGGCUGUGGCGGACGGCGAGGGAGUUGCGUAUGAGUUUGGGCUCUUGAUUGGAGCGGAGGAAGGCGGCCGGCGAGGGAGCUACGGCCGGCGCGGGCGGACGCCGGAGCUGCAGCAGUGGGGUGGAGCCUGGCGGAGGGGAGGAGCGAUGGAGGAAGACGAAGAUCCCCGGCGACAAGAAUUUCAAAUUGAGGGUAGUUUGGUACUUUUUCCUGUUUUCACCUGGUCGGAGAAGUUCCCCAACGACAACUAUUUUGGAACAGAGGGUAAUUUUCUGUAUUUUUUAGGAACAACUCAAACUACUUGUGGUACCGAGUAGGGUAUGCACGGAA